UCUCCAACCCGUGGUCACACAGAAGAGCCCCUCUCUACCCUCCCCUCCUGCGGUACUUUGCCUUCGAUUUUUAAUGCGAGAAGAGUUCAGCACUCUCUUCCCUCUGUGCACACACAAACCAGCGCUAUCCACUAGCGAGCCUGGUCCGCCUAUCGAGGAGCGGAAGGACGGCCUCCUCAAGAUGAUUCAGGCGCAGCACAAGUUCCUUCCCGCCGGGGUGAACGGACGGGCGGGAGCCCGGGCGCGCUGCCACGUCGUAUCGCCGUUCGUGGGCGAGCGGAGGGGUCAGUUCGUGGCGUGGGAGAACCAAAUGGCGACGUUCUUGGGGUACAACCGGGACACGGUAGCGGUGGCCCUGAACUACUUCGACCGGUACACGUGCGAGAAGCGCUGCAGCCCCACGCUGGCUCAGGCGGUGGCGGCGACGGCCCUGCACAUCGCGGCUAAGUUCGAGGAGACAAACCCCGCAUCCUUGCGCCAACUCCUCAAGUACACGCCGGUGUUCACGCCCGAGCAGCUGCUUGUCAUGGAGAUGUCGUUGCUGAAGGUUCUAAACUGGGACCUGCGGCCGGUGACCGUGUACGACUUCGUGCGAGCGUUCUGCGCUCUCCUCGUGCAGGGGGAGGCCUCUUCCCACGCCGCCGCCGCGUCCGCCUCCGGGGGCGGCGGCGUUAGCGUCAGCGUUUCGCUGCAGGCCAGGGAGGAGAAGAAGGAGGAGCUCAAGCGCCUGCGCGUCUGGGCGGAGGACAUCGCAGACCUCGCCUCAUUCGACGUUCGCUUCGUGGACUUCCUGCCGUCAACCCUGGCCACGGCCGCCCUCCUCCUCUCCGCCUCCCGCGGUGGGGGCGGUGGAGCGGCCGCCACCGCCGCAGCCUCCGUACGCCCCACCUCCCACGCCGAUGUGCUGGACGCGUGCUGGAAGGGCCCCGCCGAAGCGGACGCCGCCAGCGACGGCGCCGCGGCCGCCGCCGUCGAUGGAUGCGGCGGAACCGGUGUCGCUUCGCUCCGCCGCGUGCUGGAGUGUGUCCAGCUCCUGGGCUCUUCGCUCGCCGAGAGAUACCCGGCCGUUGCUUCGGCGGCGAGGUCGGCGGCGGAGGGCGUGGCGAGGUACGCAGGCCUCCCUGUCCCGAGGGGUACCAGCAGCGUGCCCCCCCGGCGGGAGCCGGCGGCGAGGAAGCGUGCGGCGGCGGCGGCGGCGACUCCGCCGGUCGUGGCCGUCAAGGGCCGUCGCUGCACCACCCCGACCGGCGUCGAGGGUAUCAUGCACAUCGAGAUGGAUACCCUUCGCGGGGACGAGGCUGGCCUGCAGCAGCAACAGCACCAACCGUCCGAGCACAAGAUGCCUGGCGGAAUCGACGGCGCAUCGGCUGGUUGUGGUGGUGGUGGUGGUGGUGGCGGCGCUCCCGUGGGCCGCGAGGGGCUUGCGCCGGGGGGGUCUGUUCACGUCAAACUGGAGCACGAGCAGCCGCAACGCCGCCACCGCCGGCCCACCCCAAUCAUCACCGCAGCGGCCGGGGCAGCGAACAACGGCGCGGCAGGUCAGCCGCAGCACCAGCACCACACGCGCGCUCGCGCCGGGAGGCGCGGCUCGUCGUCAUCGUUCGCCUGCUCGUACGAUGACAUAGCUUUCUCGAGGGCAACCAAGCAGAAGCGUGCGGCGGCGGCGGCGGUGACGGCGACGGCGACGGCUGCUGCCAUGGCUGCUGUUACCUCGGCAUCCGCUGCCGCUUCUCCCCGUGCUACCGCUGUUGCUGCCGGCGGCGACGUGAACGGGGCGGUGGCGGCCGAGUCCGCGGUCAUGUCGUGCAACAUCAGGAAGAGGUCGGCGGAGGCGCUCGGUCACUGCGAGAGCGGCUCCGGGUUCGGCGCUCCCGCGGCCCGGCGCAGGCUGGUAGCCGGUGGCGUGGCAGGCAAGGCCGUGAGGGUCUCUGUCUCAGCCGCGGGUUCAGCGACGUUGCCGCGUGCUGCGGGUUCGGCGUGCAUGAUGGCCGCUGUCGCCGCCACGGGCGUGAACGGCAACGCCACCGGCAGCAGGAACUGA